AUGAUAUCAACCUCAUGGAUCGAGCCCGAUACAACAACUCGCCCUGUCGCCGUGAUAGGCGGCGGUGUUUUGGGGCGUCGACUAUGCAUGAUGUGGGCAGCAGCAGGGUAUACUGUUCAUUUGUACGAAAAAGCCCCCGAAGUCGCCAGCGCGGCAUUAAAGUACAUCAACGACGCCAUGCCAGAACAAUCCACCAAACUCGGCACAAAACCAGGGAGUGUAUUACUCUCCUCCUCACUGGAUAACGCGGUACAGAACGCUUGGAUGGUCAUCGAAGCUAUUCCAGAGAUCCUCCCAUUGAAAAUUGAACUAUUCGGCCAACUGGACCAACUCACUCCACCGGACUGUAUUCUGGCCACCAACUCCUCCUCGUAUAAAUCCAGCGAGAUGAUUCAGCAUGUUACACGAAAAUACCGCGUGUGUAACGGACACUAUUACAUGCCUCCGGAUCAGAACUAUCUCGAGAUCAUGACCUGCGGAUACACGGAUCCAUCCAUCAUUGCAUUUCUGAUGGAGCAGUCCGCCGCGGCGGGAUUCGUUCCCAUCCAUGCCAAGGUGGAAUCUACAGGGUUGAUAUUCAAUCGAAUCUGGGCUGCGAUCAAGCGAGAAUCUCUCUCGGUUAUGGCUGAAGGGGUGGGAACAGCGGAAGAUAUUGAUCGACUCUUCAAGAGUUGGUUCCAUGCUGAGCUUGGGCCUUGUGAGAUGAUGGAUCGGGUGGGGUUGGAUACGGUGUACAACAUUGAAAGGCAUUAUGUGGAGGAGCGAGGGCUCGAUGCGAAGCCUAUCGAGUGGCUGAAGGAAAAGUACGUCGACCGAGGGCUUCUUGGACGGAAAUCUGGAAGGGGAUUACUGUAUGAAGAGAGCAAUGGCCACGCUCAAUAG